ACAACUUACAGCCACUCAACAUCAUGACCUUCGUACUCUUGCUUCAUUCUGCUUGGCUUGGGAAAUGCAUCACACUCACGUUUCAACUUGGCUUUGAUUCUUUUGAUUUGAUUUUGCACCUUGCAGGGGGGCAGGGGACCAGAAACGCCAUCAGAAAAGCAUCCCGAAUCCACUCAGAACGACAGACCCAAAUCAUUCGUCGAGUCACCACACCACCCUCCUGAACAAAGCAGCUGCUUCUUCUCUCGCAGAUACACACCAAGGCUUAGAUCGCAGAAUAUGGCAGACCCGUCAGCGACACCCUUCCCGCCGUUUCCGCCAGUGCCGAUCGGCCCGGCGGUGUUUACUGGCUUUUGCUUUGAUAUUCUGCACGAGACCGUCGGUUCCAGCAACGUGAUGAUCUGGGACGUGGUGCUGCUGGUGCCCAACUGCUUGGUGCUCCUCUUCCUGCUGUCCCGCCUCAAAGUGUCUCGCGCAAGGCUACGAUCAACGCAGUCGCUCAUCAUUUCAGCCUUUUACUAUUUGCAAUGGGGCAUCUGUCUCUUCUCGGUACUGCGCACAGGAUUGCACAUGGGAUUGCCGAGCCAAUCUACACUCAACGACGUGCUUUGGCUCAUCAUUCGCUUCCUCAUUCUCUCACUCGAAGUGUCUGUGGUGGUGUUUGGCCUUGUGUUCGGGCACAUUGUCAACUCGCGCCUGAGCAUCAAGCUGACCCUGUUCUUCACCCUGCUCAUUGCGCUGACUUACACGACCACGCAAGGCAUUCUCGAGUUUACCCAAGCUUGGUCGACCUCGUCGGGCGCCGAUCCCGAGCUCCACUGGAACAUUUACGCGCACGGCGGCAUGAUUUUCCUCUUUUCCAGCUCUGUCUUUUUUUCGGUCGUGUACUUUCUUGUCGUUAUGCUUCCCUUUACGCCUCUGCGAAACCGUUGGCCGAUGCCAGCCAAAAAGUCCUUUUACGUUUACGCGUCCGUCUUGUGCCUGGUCAACACUAUUCAGUCGAUUGGUAGCUGCCUCGUCUUUUAUCAGUACUUUGAGGGCUUCUGCCUGGUUGACAUCUCCACCUUCCUCUACUUUUCCCUCUUCCCCGCCCUUGUGCACUUUAUUUUUUUGCGAGACUUUUUCGCCGUGCGACAAACAGACAACAUGUUCUACAACGAGGCGAUCAUCGACGACGCCGAUUCGUACACCCCGGGCUACGGAGCCAACUAUGUCACGGGCUACGCGGCGUACGGCAGCAGCAGCUACGCCAACGCCAGUACCAACAGCUAUCCCGCAUAUCGCUACGAUGCCUUGGAUUCGAGGGAGCAAGUCUUUACCGGCAUGAAUUGAGUCAGAACGUUUCCCACCAUCCCCCCUUCCCCCCUAUGAAAACAAAAGAGAAAAAAAAAUCCUGAAAAAUGAAAAAUUCCUGGUUGAAUUUCUAUUAUCUGUGUUGUUUGAGAGCUUUCGAAACUGUAAAAUACAAGAAAUGGCACUGUUUGUUUGAGAUCUGUGCCCCGCUUCCUU